UGAAUAGUACAAUGUUUGAAUGAAAAAGCAUGCUGACGGUAGCUGUGAUUAUUGUAGUAAGAAACUGUAUGUAAUUUAAACAUGUACAUUGUCCUAAGUACCACCAAGACAGACAAAGACUAAUAUUACAGUCUUUUCUGUAAGGCUUGUAUUUUCCCACCUCUACGCGUAGUGUACUUUGGGAGCACAUAUAGUUUGCUAAAUUAGCAUUUUUCUUCUACGUUUUUGUCAUUGUAUAAUUAAAAACUAAUGAAUGUUUCGACUUUUAUUUUGAAAAAAUUACAGGUGGCGGAUAUUGUCAUUUGUGUUACUGUCACUGGCUACACGCUGCUAAACAUGGCGACGUCCAUAAGCAUGACUUCGUUAGUAGCGAUUGGUGUUACUUCUGCUUUAAAAUCUUCGGCACGGUGCUGUGUAAACCCAUAUGGUUGGACAAGAGUAAUAUACCGUUGUGCUUCUCAAAAUCUGCGUAGCAGUUUGUAUGAACAUGUCCGUGAGGGCUACAGCCACAAGCCCGUGCUAGACAUGACACGGGUUUGCGAUGACACCGAUGAAGUUAUCUCCGAACUUGACAAACGUAAAGGAGACCUACGGAAAGAAGACGUCAGAGACAUUGUGGCAGUGUGGCGAAGACUGCAGGAGGUCCAUGAAGGAAUUGCAUCGCUGGAGGAACAGAAGAGAAGGAUAAGCGCUGCUAUCAAGAUACUUGUGGAACAACACGACAGGACAACUCUGUCUGAUUUAGAGGAGUAUAAGAGAGCCCGAGAAGAAGGGCGACUCGUAAGGGCGAAACUCAGUCAGCUGGUGCUGCAGGAGACCGAGCUGGAGGAGGCUCACUACCGGCAGGCCCUGAAGCUGCCCAACCGGACCCAUCCUGAUGUGCCAGUAGGGGAUGAGAGCCAAGCUAGAAUUGUGGAGCUUGUUGGCCAAAAGCCAGAAUUUGAUUUUAAAGUCCGAGGUCAUCUAGAGAUUGGCGAGGCUUUGGGCAUCCUCAGGCAAAGACGUCUGGCCCACGUGUCUGGGCACAGGUCGUACUACUUGAGAGGAGCCGGGGCCAGACUCCAGACAGCCCUGCAGAACUUUGUGCUGGAUAGGCUGCAGCGCCGAGGCUUCAUCCCCAUGGCUGUGCCAGACAUUCUGAAGGGAGCUGUGUUUGAGGGCUGUGGCAUGCAACCCUAUGCCCACCGCUCUCAGGUCUACUCCCUCGACCAGUCCCGCUUUCCUGACCUCAACCUGGCCGGCACAGGAGAAGUGGGCAUCGCAGGCUACUUCAUGGAUCAUGCUGUACACUCGAAGGACCUCCCUGUCAGAACUGUGUGCAGUAGCACGUGUUACCGGGCAGAGACUGACACUGGCAGAGAGACCUGGGGCCUCUACCGAGUACACCACUUCAACAAGGUGGAGAUGUUUGGGGUGACUGCUGAUGAAUCAGGAGAGGAGAGUGCUCAGAUGCUCCAGGAGUUUGUAACCCUCCAGAAAGAAAUAUUUUCGUCCCUUGAGCUCCACUUUAGGGUCCUUGAAAUGCCUACCCAGGAGCUCGGUGCCCCGGCCUACAGGAAGUAUGACAUAGAGGCCUGGAUGCCUGGACGGGGCAGCUUUGGAGAGAUCUCCAGUGCUUCCAACUGCACAGACUACCAAAGCCGCAGGCUGAACAUUCUUUAUGAGAGGGAUGACGGCACUCUGCACUAUGCCCACACAGUCAAUGCCACGGCCUGCGCCAUCCCCCGCAUCAUCAUUGCUAUUUUGGAGACUCAUCAGAAUAAGGACGGAAGUGUACGCAUACCCCAGGCCUUGCAGCCCUACAUUGCCUUGGAAGUCAUUCAUAAGCCAGAAUACUUGCCCUUAAAAUAUAUAGGGCCGAACCAGCCUAACCACCAACUUCGUUCAACAACCACAGUUAAAUAAUCACUCACCUGUAAUUGUGCUUGUAAUAAAGAAAACAUUGAUAUUGAUAUGUUAGUAUGUAAAUACUGCUGUUUGUGGGUCUAAACUGAAUCUGGCACAUUGCACUUCCCUGUUGGAAACAAUGAAAACUAAUUAUUAAAGUUGGCGAAACUCAGCAA